CGACGGGGUUUACUUUAAUUCAUUGCAGUUAUAACAAGCAAGCGACGACGAGUUUUAUUCUGUUCAGCGCAACUAUAGAACAUUUUUGACUGUGUUAAUUACAACCCAAUUACAAUGUCUAUCUCUCUGGACGAUCUCAAAUCUAUCUUGCAGCAGCAGCAAGUUCAGAAUGAAGCAGCUCAACUAAAAUUAAUCGAAGCUCUCACUCAGAAGCUGUCCAUUCAAGUUCCAACAACAUCUCAUUCAGACAAAUAUGAAAGCAUCUCAAAUUCCAUCAGUGAGUUCAACUACGACCCAAUAUCUGGUCUCGUAUUUGAUACAUGGUUCAAUCGUUAUGAAGACGUUUUCCGUAUUGAAUGCUACAUGUUUGAUGAUGCUGCCAAAGUCCGAUUGUUACUAAGAAAACUUGGUACUGUUGAGCACAACAGAUAUGUUAACUUCAUUCUGCCUAAGAACCCACGUGAGUUAUCAUUCGAUGAGACAGUCACCGUUUUAUCACAAAUCUUUGGUGAACAGUCAUCCAUGUUUAAUAUUCGGUAUCAAUGUUUUCAGUUGACAAAAAUGCCUUCCGAUGAUUAUGUCACUUACGCUGGCAAAGUGAACAAGGAAUGCGAAAGGUUCAAACCACACGAAAUGACAUCAGAUCAGUUCAAGUGUUUGAUUUUUAUUUGUGGGUUGAAGAACCCAGAAGAUACUGACAUAAGAACUCGACUUCUGUCACUCGUGGAACAAGACCCGAAAAUGACUUUACAAAUGGUGACAGCAGAAUGCCAACGCUUAAUCAACUUGAAGCACGAUACUGCUAUGGUGGAGUGCAAACGACAGUCGUCUGAAUUUGGUUCAGUUAACACAGUGAAAAGUCCUCCGAUCACCGUUAAGCACACAGCACGUCAGUCUCAGAAUUCAGCUAAACCUCCUUCAGUGUGCUGGCACUGUGGUUCGUGGCAUUUUGUCAAGUUCUGUCCUUUCAAGAAACAUAAAUGCCGUAAUUGUCACCGUUUUGGACAUAAAGAGGGUUACUGUCCACCACAGAAAAAUUCUUCGGUGAAGAACAGAAGUAGUCGUUUCAAGCCGAAACAAUCUCCUCGAAUACAGACCAUUUUCACAACUUCCAAAGUCGAUUUCGCCAGCAAACGUAAGUACAUUACACUACGUAUUAACGGCAAAUCUAUUCGUCUUCAGUUGGAUACGGCAUCAGAUAUCACCUUAAUUUCCCGAACUACGUGGCGCAAACUUGGGUGCCCACAGAUUCUGCCGACCGAGCAUGUCGCUAAGAAUGCCUCUGGAGAUAUACUGAAACUCGUGGGUGAGAUAAAUUGCCAGGUUCAGUUUGGUGAGCAUCAGUUCAAUGGUGUAUGUUACGUCACAAACUACCAUGAUUUGAAUUUGCUUGGUCUUGACUGGUUAGACAAGCUCCAUAUCUUCAAUGUACCAUUAAAUUCAGUAUGCUCUAAUGUUUCGUCCUCACCAAAGAACGUUGUUCCCGGACAUGUAUCUGAUCAGUCUCUCUUGCAACGCCUGCGUGCUUAUGCAAAAGCGAAGGGGGAGGGAACAACAGAAGAAAUUUUGGAUAGAUUCUUGCUGCAUUAUCGUACGACGCCAAAUCCUUCCGCAGCCGGAAGCCCGGGACGCAGAUCACACUCUAUCCAGUACCACGCGAAGGUCAACUCGACAAAGAAGAGCUCCGAAACCUUUUCAAAUAGAUCCAAAAAGCAAGUCCUACACUUUUAACGGGGAGAGGUGAUAGGAUCCCACACACUUUGUUAUUGUUCAAUUAUCUUAACGACUGUUAAUCUCGCAUAAGUGGUAUAUCAUCAUUCCCCACGCAUUUUGUUAUUGACUAUUACGACCAAUUAUUUCAAAUACUGUUAGCUGUCUGUAUUGGUUGUAAAAAUGUAUAAAUACCAUUUCCUAAAUAAGUUUCUUUGUCGUAGUUGUUGUACUACAAUACACAGUCACAGACCAGACUUUGUCUUUUGAUAUUUGCGUGGUUCGCUGAAUCGGAAGGUACCAGAAGCAGAUAGGCAUAUUAGUCAGGCGCAGACAGAACAAGGCGACAACGUCCUCAUUUAAUUCCGCUACAGUUAUAACAAAUUGGCGACGGGGUUUACUUUAAUUCAUUGCAGUUAUAACAAGCAAGCGACGACGGGUUUUAUUCUGUUCAGCGCAACUAUAGAACAUUUUUGACUGUGUUAAUUACAACCCAAUUACAAUGUCUAUCUCUCUGGACGAUCUCAAAUCUAUCUUGCAGCAGCAGCAAGUUCAGAAUGAAGCAGCUCAACUAAAAUUAAUCGAAGCUCUCACUCAGAAGCUGUCCAUUCAAGUUCCAUCAACAUCUCAUUCAGACAAAUAUGAAAGCAUCUCAAAUUCCAUCAGUGAGUUCAACUACGACCCAAUAUCUGGUCUCGUAUUUGAUGCAUGGUUCAAUCGUUAUGAAGACGUUUUCCGUAUUGAAUGCUACAUGUUUGAUGAUGCUGCCA